AAUUUGGACCAAUCACGCAUCUCAAUCUCAAAUGUCAGAUUCAAAAAAACGGUUUUGUUGUCGGUUUGUCAUUUGUGUGCCUUGUUUACUGUAAAGUUACUAUAAAAAGCGAAUAAUUGGAUUUAACACAACGUUAAAGCUUGCAUUAAAAUGUCAGUGAGGUCCAGCAGACGUUUAAAUAAAAAACUAAAUCCACCUGAAAUGGAAAGCACCAGUGGCCCCUUAAGCAGUGCCAAAGCAACAAGAAGUGGACGAAAAGUCAGAAAAACGAACGAUUUGCUUUUCUUCAGUUUUAAUGCUUCUGCAGUGGAAAAAGAAGACGAAAAUAUUAAGCCAACGUCGUCAAAGCAUAAUAAACAGAAUUUGCCUCGUUUGGAGUUCGAUGAGAGCGGGAAAAGUGACAAAGGAAGCCCUUUUUUGUUCAAGGAAGUUCAAAAAAUCUCGCCGCCACCUGUACCAAAAAAUAAAAGAAAAAUCGUCAAAGCUAAGAGAGUUCUUAGGAGUACCAAGCAAUGUGAACUGGAAGACAAGUGCAAUGAUGAGACAUUAGAUCUCACUACAAAAAGUUUGAAGGAGAAAUCUUCCGAAAAUUCUGUAAAUCUUGUGAGUGAUGGUGAGGGAAGUUCACGUUUCAUCACAGUCACGGAGAAAAUGGCUCAAGAUGGACACGUGAAAAAAGAAAAUAAACAUGGCAAGACACCAAAGGUCAAAAGACAGAGUGGGAAAGGAGAGUUUUCUUCGUUUAGAGACAUUGAAGAUUUUAAAUCUCUUGAAGAACCGUCAGAAAAUUGCAAGAGCGUAAAUUUGAGCCCUUUAAAUGAAGAUGAGGGAAGUUCAAGCUACAUUGAAGUCAACGAGAAGAGUACACAAGAUGGACGUAUUACAGAGAAAAAUAGUCCUAGCAAUGGUACUUUCCCCAAUUUUGUUGCUUCAAGCAAGACACCAAAGACCAAAAAACAGAAUUUGUCUUCUUUGGAAGCGGACGAAAGUGGGAAAGGAAAGUUUUCUUCGUUUAGGGAAAUUGAAGAUUCAAAAUCUUUUGAAAAUUGCAAGUCUGUAAACUUGAGUCCUGUGAAUGAAGAUGAGGGAAGUUCAAGCUACAUUGAAGUGCAGGAAAAGACUACUACAGAGAAGAUCAGUCCUACCAUUGAUUUGCCCAAAUUUAAUUUUGUUGCUUCAACGGCGAAAAAAGAAAAAAAAUCUGAAACAUCAAAGGACAAAAAACAAAAUGUGCCUGUCAUUGAGUUGGACGAGAGUGGGAGCAGCAGUGAAGAGUCCUUUUCAUUUAAAGAAAUUGAAAAUUCCGCCAAGCAUUGUGAGGAAAAUGAUGAGACAUUUAAUGUUGAAACAAGUAAUUCAUAUUUGGAUCGAAAACCAAUUAAACAACCGUCUGAAAAUUGCAAGAGUCAAGAAAACGACAGUAAUGUGCAAAGUGAACAGUUGAUUUCAAAGAUUGGCCAAACCACUGUCUCUGAGCAAUUAAGUGAAAAGAAAGAGUCUUUUGGUUCAAACUUGAUUGUCAGUUUAUUGCCAAGCCCCAUAUCACCUUCAACACAAAGUUUAAAAGAUGAAGCUCCACCGUAUUUGUCUGUGCAUUCAGCUGAAGACCCAAUCCAGCCGUCUUUGAAUGGAAGCAGUGAUGAGACCUCUAUCAGAAGGAGAACGUACGAACUGGAAAAUAGUGUUAAUGAUAUAUCACUCUUGAAGUCCGUAUCAGGGAAAGAUGGAACCAAAUCGUCCCUUGGUGACGAUAAUUCAGAAGAGUAUGUAACGCCCCAAGUGAUGUUUUCUAAAGUUACUCAAAGAAAAAGGUGGAAUAAAGUUAACACCACACCGUUUCAAAUUAAGGGCAGUCCGAGGUGGAUUAGCAGUCCAAGACCGUCAACCUCCAAGUCGACACCAGGAGUUACAAAGCCACGAGUUUCGCCAAAAUUAAAAAAUCCCAAACUCUCAGCGAAAAAACCCCUUUCUAAUGUCAAAGUGCCAAACUUUGCGGCAAUUCACAAACGAGCAAUGGAUAGGGUUGAAAGUAUAGUUGAAUACAAACAGAGAAAGGAGGAAAGAGCAAAGAUGUUAAUAUCAGGGAAAAAGCCGCAAAAACAAGCGGAAAAACCCGAGAAAGUAGGGAGAAAACAGUUGAGGUUUGCCCCAGACACUGCUGAGAAGGAUAAAUCGAUGACGUUUAUUCCCUUGCCCUCAACACCAUUGCCAAAGGGUGUGAAGAAGAACUUUGAUGAAAGUCUUGCGAGUGAGAACGAAGAGGAAAUCCAACCUCCUGUCUUCAAAUUUCCGAAACCAACUUUCGCGUUCGAGACUAAAAUACGCUCGCCUGUUUUCAAGUUCACCAAACCGACUUUUACAAGUGAAGAGAGAAGUGCACUGGAAAAGAAAAUUAAUAACCUUGCAAGUCACAUCCCACGAAUGCAGAAAACCAAUUUCGGAUUCCUUAGGCGUGAAGCAAACGAUGAAAGAAGAGCCCUGGUGGAGAAGAAUUGCAAUAUUAAUAAAUUUGGAAUUUCAAACCCAUUCCACUCCAAAAGUGCAAAAGCACAAGUCAGACUUGAAGAAAUCAAAAGUGUCGCCACUAAAAGCAAGCCAGUUAAAAACACACUUGAGGCUCGAAAAUGCACAAUCAAGGGGGUGAGGUCGAACCGAAGAUUUGAAUUAUUGAUGAACAUGAGGAAGGGGAAGUAGGUUUAGUUUUUGUUUUACAUUUUAACGUUUGUACUCAUUACACAUUUAAUAAAGAUUCAUUUAACGGCA